CUGAAGAAGAACCAAAGAGUACGACAGGAAGUGUAAAUAGCACUAACAUUUACUCAGAAUCAGUUGAUGAGAAUGAGAUUUCAACCUCUGCAGAUGAAACAAACAUAAGCACCACUCUCCAACAGCAUUAUCUUGGUCUUAAAUUAACUAAAGGAAAUACAACAUACUCAACUGAAGAAGAAUCAAAGAGUACGACAGGAAGUGUAAAUAGCACUAUCAUGAACAUUGAAACGGUAGCUGAGAAUAAUGAGAUUUUAUCCUCUGUAGCCAAAAGGAACAUUAGCACGAAUCUUCAACAGCAAAAUCUUGAACUAAAACAUACAACAGAAAGUGUAAAUAGCAAUGACAUGAACUCUAUAAUAGUUGAUAAGGAUAAUGAAGUUUCAUCAUCUACAUCGAAAACUAUCAAACAAAGUAUUCUUCAAAAAUCAGAUACGUUGCUUUGGUUAAAUGGAUCCGAUUCAAAUAGUGCAACUAAAGAUGAACCAAAGUACACAGCAGAAAUUGUAAAUGAUUCUAACAUAAAUUUUAAAACAGGGAAUAUAAGAAGUUUUGACUCUACUGCUGAAAACAGCACUACAAUUCCUUUUCACCUCAUAUAUACUACAUUCGGGUUAACUGGAUUAAAUAAAUCUGAUUCGGUUGAUGUAAAAUUAAACUAUACCACAGAAAAUCACAACAGUAAUACAAAUAACUACAGAACUAAUGAAACUGAGUAUUCUACACCUUAUUUUGUGCCAGUUACUUAUGAAAACCUGAUAUCAUCAAAUAAAAAUUAUAAUAAAUCUACUACAACAACAAAUUCAAAUCUCAUAAAACCAAACACAUCAACGAUAGUUACUAAACAGAAUAAAAGUGAUUUAGAUACCAAACAAAACAAUUUUACAUUUGUGAAUACCACAAAUAAUAUAAAAAUCAUUGAAAUUUCAACAACUUAUGAAAGAAAAACUCCAGAAGACACAAAAUUAAGACAUUUUAAAACUAAUGCUGAAAAAGAAUUUCUCAAGAGUGAAACAUACAAAACAGUUAAACCUUUAAGCAGGAAUAUAAAUAACCAUACACAGCAUAGGAAAUUGGAACCAGAUAUUCAAAAUAGUUUGGUAACGUAUGCAAUAACUCAACAAAACAUACCAAAAGUUCAUGAAGGUUCCUACCAAACGCAUAGAAAAAGUUAUCGCGCAAACCAUUCCUCUAAUAGAUAUACAGCUAAAGCCGAAAGUAAGUCUAGACAAAAUCUGGGAAGUAAUAAUAAUUCAUCAAUUAAUAAUUCCAUCAUUUCUAUAUUCCUGUCAGAAGAUAGAACAGGCCCUCGUGCCAGGAAGGUGUUUGAAUUUUUCGGGAGAUACGUUCAGCCCCAAGCAGAGACAUCACCGGACUUCAGCGUUACAGUCGCUCCGCCUGUGACCCAUCUCUCCACACAUAAAACAGAGGCCUUGACCUCGCCUGUCAAACUCUCUGCAGUCCGCCAGGAGAUGGACGAAACCUCUGAUGACUCCUGCAGUUGA